AUGCUACCGGCAUUAGAGCCGUCCGUACAGGACCAUCUGCGUCUGGAAGCCUUCGAGGGGAAAUUUGACGUGAAAGAAUUUGUGGGUGGCAUAUCCGAGAAGCUCAUCGCGCAGUCCAAAGCGGACCCCGGGCCGUUUGAUCCCAAGCCUUUCAUCCGGACAUUUGAAGCUGCUGUAGAUAAGCUUAUUGCGGUCCGGAAGGAUGUGCAGGCGAAGACAGAGCAGAUGGAGAAGAGCGUGCGGAUCGCAGAGCGAGACUAUUCGAAGAAGAUGGCGGAGCUCAACCGAGGAUUCGAGGCAGUCGGCCAAUCCUUCUCUGGAAUGGAGACGAAGAUGAACGAGGUCGGACGGACGGCCAUCCGUAUAGGAGAACAAAUGGAGUCAGUGCAUCAGCAACGACAGCGCGCACAAGCGGCGUACGACCUCAUAGACUUCUACAACCAGUUUGCGAAGGAUGACACUUCACGGCUGGAUGCCAUGAAGAAGGAGGGGAAGGAUGGGAGGCGGAAGGUUGCGGUUCUCCUUCGGCGGCUUGCUACCGUCGCGAAGGAGGUCGAUUUGCCCCAUUCCGAGAAGACCCGCGAGAAUAUUGACCGCUACUGCGAGAAAUUUGAGAAGGACAUACUGCACCUAUUCGACCGCGCAUAUAGGAGGGGGGAUCCUAAGAUGAUGCAUCAUUGUGCACAAACGUUGCUUGAUUUCAAUGGCGGAACGUCGUGCGUACAAGUAUAUGUCAAUCAGCACGACUUCUUCAUCAACCGGGUGCGAGCGGAUCCCAACAUUGACUCUCAGCUAUGGGUCGCAAUAGCUGAUCCAGACGCUCCACCGCCAACGUCUGAGCGUGGCCUGCAAGAAUUAUUCCAAGAGAUCCGCACUACCGUUGGGCAGGAAGCUCAGAUCGUUCAAGCAGUGUUCCCGAACCCUGCAUACGUCAUGCAAGUCUUCCUUCAGCGAGUUUUUGCUCAAUCGGUACAACAACAUUUGGAGCAACUCAUCGUGCGGACAGAUCGGAUGCCUGAAUUGGCAUUCCUUCGAAUAUUGCAGCUCGUGCACCAGUCCACUUCCGUCCUUGUCGAGGAUAUGAAGGCGUAUGAACUCCCGUCCGUUAUCCCUAAGUCUCCAGUUGACGCAAGCGAAUUCCAACGGACAAUCAAGGGGAUGCCUGCGACUAACGCUUCGAACACUGCAACUGCUGCGACAAUCAGCACGAUGCUCGAGACGGCUAUGGAGGAGCUUUUCGUCCCGUACACGGAGGGUCAGCGGUACCUCGAGAAAGAGAGCCGAAGUUUGAGUGAGUUGUAUACUGGGUACCUCGCCAGAUUCACUCGCUACCACGAGAGAGUAGAUACCAAGGGCAAAUCAUCCGUGUUUGGUCGCAUGGUGGACCAGCUAAGCGCUGCAGCUGCUACGACGUCUCCCUCGGGGACGUCCACAACAUCAGCUCAAGCCGCGGCGGCCCUUAUGCGCAUUGGUGGUCUUAGUGCUUCCACCGACAAGACCCAGAGGGACUCCACGGAGGACCCCAUUCGGGAGGAGGAUGGUCUACUAAGCGUCGAUGUUGCGGAGAAGAUGUUGAAGUGGCAUGCUGAAGCCAUUGGUCGCUGUGUGGAGCUGAGUCCCACGAAUGACGUCCCAAAGCAUACAUUCGCCCUGUUGCGGGUGCUCGCUGCGGCCAUUGGCAGCUCAUAUAUCGAGGUUGCGGUCGAGACGGUACUAGCCCGCCUUGAGACGGCCGACUCGAAAGUGGAACCUAGCUUGCAGCCGCUGACGGUGCUCCGUGAAGUGGACCUGAUUUGCCACCUGUGGCAACGCUACGUGACUAUGGCAUUACUCCCACUCGCCAGCAGCUCCGUCACCACACGCCGGGAGAUGGUCAUCUUCAACAAUCAGGCCGUCAGCAGGAUUGAGGGUGGUGCGAAUGCAGUCACCCAGAAGCUUACGGACGCCAUCGUGAACUGGCUCUCAACACAAUUGGCCAAGCAGAAGCGGACCGACUUCAAGCCGAAGAACGACGAUAUCUCAUUUGCUCGUGUCAACACCGAGCCUUGCUUGGCCUGCUGCGAUAUGCUCGAGAAGGUGCGGGAUGCAGCCAAGGCUAACCUCAGUGGCAAGAACCUCGAGGUCUUCCUCACAGAGGUUGGCGUAGCCUUCCAUGGUCUACUCCUCGACCACCUCAAGAAGUUCCCCGUCAGCGCAACAGGUGGUCUCAUGCUCGCGAAGGAUCUGAAGUCGUACCAGGACGUCAUUGAUAGCUUCUCCAUCCCCUCCUUACAUGAACGCUUUGAGUUCAUCCGCCAGCUGGGCAACGUGUUCCUCGUCAAACCUGACAUCCUGAAGUCAUACAUAACUGAAGGCUACCUCGGACGUAUCGACGCUAACCUCCUCCGGCCUUACCUAGCGCAGCGCGCAGACUGGGGUCAGGCGGAGAAGGGCUUCAACGAUCCCACCGACGGUCCGGCGGACGGCAAGGUGAUGCGGGACCGGUUCGGUAUGGGCAGGCUGAGCAUGAUUAUGAAGGAUCUCGAACCGCUUAGGGAGCAAAUCGCCAUACCCAGCAUGCCCAUGACAGGCAUCAGCCAGUUCACGGGCAAUAUUACUUCGUCAUUCGCCAAUGCACGGUCGUCGAGGUUUAGCAAUAGCGGGACGUCCUAA